UCUGUAGAAGAAAGAACGGACUCCGUAAUUGAACGCGCCAAAUCAAAGUUAAUUAUUCAACUAUUUCUUCACCAUUGACUUUAGUUCCCUCCAUUGGUGGUUUCCUUUCUUCAACUUCUCCCCUUCAUUUCUCUCCCCAUUUCAGGUCUAAUCGCUUUGUUCUGCUUCCUGAAUCAUGGCUCAGAAGUCUUUGAUUUACAGUUUCGUCGCUCGAGGAACGGUGAUUCUCGCUGAGUACUCCGACUUCUCUGGUAAUUUCACUAACAUCGCUUUUCAGUGCCUCCAGCGACUUCCUGCUUCUAACAACAGAUUCACCUACACCUGCGAUGGCCAUACCUUCAAUUAUCUUCUCAACAAUGGAUUCACAUAUUGUGUAGUUGCAGUUGAGGCUGCAGGAAGACAAGUUCCAAUGGCGUGUCUUGAGCGAAUAAAGGAAGACUUCGACAAGAGAUAUGGUGGAGGAAAAGCUACAGUUGCUGUUGCCAAGAGUCUGAGCAAGGAAUUUGGGCCUAAAAUGAAGAAUCAUAUGCAAUACUGUGUAGAUCAUCCUGAAGAAAGCAGUAAACUCAUGCAAGUGAAGGCUCAGGUUUCUGAAGUAAAAGCUGUAAUGAUAGAAAACAUUGACAAGGUUAUGGAACGAGGGACUAAGAUUGAGGAUUUGGUAGAUAAAACUGAGAAUCUUCGUUCACAGGCUAAAGAAUUCCAGACGAAUGGACAUCAAAUAAAGAAGAAGAUGUGGUACCAAAAUAUGAAGAUAAAAUUGAUAGUGUUCGCUAUACUCAUCAUCUUGGUUUUGAUCAUCGUUUUGUCUGUUUGCCGUGGUUUUAACUGCUAAAAUUUAACCUCCUAUGAAAGCAUUUGUGAUCAUACUCCAAUAUUCAAAAUUAUUGUCCCAAAUAUCAUAAGCAUAAGCUGCUUUUGCUGCUCUUCUAUUGCUUAUGGCUAAGGGCUUUUAUGUCUUUUCAGGUGCAUUGUAUAGUAUAGCAUACUUGCUUUGACUUGAUGAAUGAUUUCAUGUUUAUGGUUAAUGUAUAGCUUAAAAUUUGUAAGAAUAGAA